UUUAGUAACAAAAUUAUGAAAGUUUUUCGAAUGUUUGCAGCCUAGCUCUAUCUACGCAUGCGAGUCAAUCUCAGAGCGAGUGCCAUAAACGGAACAAAUUGCUUCAACCACCUAACACCCAACAAUGCUAUCAUCCUCGUUGCAUCAUCACUCUUCUAUUCCCUACUCUCAACAGCCAUGUGCUCCCAUCUCACAAGACCCCCACAGUCCCUUGCAGUUCUCCAAAUGAUACUAUUUCUGGCAACGAAGCAUGACACCGUGGAUGAACUUGACCGGGGUUCCAUAUUCACAAUCAACAUAAAUAUAGAUAAACCAACAAAAAGCAACCAAUCAUCCAGCAAACCAAAUCCCCAAAAGUUAGUAGACCCGGCGGUUAAGCACAAUCUAGUGGAUCAACAAUCUAAAAGUCAAAGAAAAGAAAAGAAAAGAACACCUCCAUUACAGUUCUACCGUCCAGCGGCCCGGAACCGAUCCAGAUCUCCUAAUUCUGUCCAUCCAACCCUAGUAGCAUGGAACGAAAGAAAGUAGUAAACUCCCAAAAUAGAAACCCAGUUCAUCUUCCAAUCAUAUUCUCUGCUAGUAUCAGAUCACACACACACCCACUCAAAUCAGAUGUACAUAGAAGCCGCCGCCAUGUCCCCGUCGACCCUCCCCGGCGUCUAAAUGAGGGGUAAGGCAUGGCAUAGCAUGGCAU